CUGAGGUGUCUUGAUGGUGUGAUCCCGAUCCACGAUGGGCCUCUUCGUCGUCAGCCGACUGCUUUUAAUGACUCUUCUUCUCCAGUCAACGAUAGAAGAUGGAGAGUUGAAGACAAACACAACACUUGAACCUGACGGCACUGAACGUUACGGCGAGUUCUGCCUCCGUAUUUCUGACGACUCUCACUGGACGAGCUCCAAACCAGUCACCCAGCUACCCUCAAAGUCCAGCAGUCAGGAACCCAGAACAUCCAAACAGCCAACAUGGCCCAACAGGGAAUCAACCCGACGGCCAAAUAGAGAUGCUACACCCUCGUACAGUCAGUCACCCAACAAGGAAUCAACCUCAUGGCCAACUAGAGAUGCUACACCCUUGUACGAUCAGUCACCCAACAUGGAAUCAACCCCAUGGCCAACUACAGAUGCUACACCCUCCCACGGUCAGUCAGCCCCCUCACCGUCACAACAAACACCUGCAAACCUGAGUCCUACUCAACACCCUGAACCAACAACCCAAAAUGACUGGUCAAAGUCUGUCCCUCAUGGAACCAGAGACCCAGUGAUGUCUCCUAAUGGGAUGAUUGCCCCUGAGCAAUGUGUCUGCAAGGAGAUGGACAACAAUCGUCGACAUGAAGUCUCCCAGUUCAACGAAGUGUUGAUUCAGAAUCCCACUAAAACAUGCAGUGUCCGUGAAUUCUUUGGGAUAAUGACGAAUAACAACAGCACAGUUUGUUUGCCUAGACAAACUGUCAUUGCAUUCAUCAACUACAGAUUAACUGAACAAUCUGGAUCUACAAACUCAGAGGAGCUCAGUGAUACACCAUCCUCACUGGAUAAACCCAUUUGCAUUAACUGCCCUGAUGAUGGACACUUGAUCAUCUCUAACUCAAAGCUUCUUGAAUGCGUGCGGAUAAUGUGUUUAGAUCCUGCCUGUCCUCACCUGGUUUUAGUCACCAUUAGAGGGGAAGAACACUGUAUUGACUCGGCCCAGCCCGGGUUCAAGACUCUGCUGGAGAAACUGGGACUUUAAGCCCACUGAACAGACAACCUCAGACUGGGUUUUUUAUUCAUCUCACAGGAUGGAGGAGAAAUUGUGAUGGAAAAGCUCAAGGUUCAAGGUUACUUUAUUUUUACCUGUAGGUAGAUUUUGUUUGCAGUGAGUCAGCCUCCUUUUUACAUCGAACCAACAAACAGCGCAGGACAAGACACGACAAAAAAAGUGACAAAGUGCUCAGUACUGUAAAGGCUAACAGUAAAAGUAAAAAGGUAUACCUCAAUAAAAACAAAAAAUGAGCAAUCAAUAAGAAAAAAGUCAAUAAAAACAAGAUAGAAAUUAAAUCAACCUGGUCCUUUCUCCUGGCUUAUAUGGCUGUCCCUUAAAGUGCAAUUUUAAAGAAGGGCCAGCUGGUUUAUAUGACUGAGAAAAGAAAAGGGGUUUUAGAAUUGAGACAUUUGGAUAUAUAUUUCCAUAAAGGUAAAUUCUCACUAGAUGUGUUAAUGACAUCCUAUUAUCAGUCACUCCAUCUUAUCGAUUGAUAUGAAGUUUUUUUUUUACUUAAUAUUACUUAAAACAGAUUUCGUUUUACUAAAAAAAGAAAGAAAAUGUCAGGCUUUUAAGAUGUCUUGAAAAGUUUUAUAAUGACAAGAUAUAUCAAUAAAAGAAAAUUCCAAAAAAAGAAAUGAAAUCAACCAUUAGUCAAUAAAGACAUGAUAAAUAAAAUCAGGUAAGAAAAUGCUGAUAAUAUAUAACAGGAUAUAUAACAGGAUAACACAGCAUCAGGUUAUCAGAGCAAAACAUAGCACAAGAAAAAAACAACAACAAUGAUCACACCCUGGCAUAAAUAUAUAUAUAUAGUACAUCAAUAACUUCUACUCACAAAAUAAUAAAACAAUAAACUUACAUUAUAAAUCUACCAUGUUAACAUUGUCACUGAGAAGUAGAGGUUUUAAUGUGCAGAUACAGUGUUGAGUGUUUAGAAAAGAUGCAAAGAAAACUCCAACAAAUUUUAGAAGUCAAGUGGUGCAAGUUGUUGGGUAAUGACUUCAUGCUUUUUUUUCUAUAAUUAUAUGAAAGUUUGUUUUCCACUGUAUGUGACUUUGGGGGAUUUCUUUCCUUCUUUCUUUUAUUUUCUGAACCUCUUGCUGUCAUUUGUAUUACAUGCAAAACCCCCAAAACUUUUGUCCUUAUAUGCAGCUGAUUAUUUUUAUGAAUUACUGUUAUUAUUUUCUGCUUUUUGCACUGAUAUUA